AUGGCUGAUAGGUUUGUUUACGUGUUGACUCUGUGUUUAAUUCUCUGUUCUGCUCAAUCAAAAGCAGAUGACGACCAUGGUGAGAACGUUGUCACUCUGAAGAAAGAUACAUUCAACGAUGCCGUCUCAUCUUCCAAACUUUUUGUUAUGUUUUAUGCACCAUGGUGUGGUCACUGUAAGAGGCUAGGUCCAACUUGGAAUGAACUGGCCACAGUCUACAAUAAAUUAGAAAAUAGUCCAGUCACAAUUGCCAUGGUUGAUUGUACAGAUGAAACACCAUUAUGUGCAGAACAUGAAAUAACAGGAUAUCCAACAUUAAAAUAUUUCCAUAAUCCUACUGACUUUGUAAGAUAUAAAAGUGGCAGGGAUAUCCAAUCUUUAAAAUCAUUUGUUGAAGAACAACAGCAGGCAGAUCAGGAAAAACCUGAAGUCCCUGAGCCCCAAAAAGGACUGCUUGUUCUCGAUGAAAAGUUUGAUGAAACUAUAAAGUUGGGAAAUUAUUUUGUCAAGUUUUAUGCUCCAUGGUGUGGCCAUUGUAAACGUCUAGCUCCAGUGUGGGACGACUUGGCCAGAUCAUUUGAAUUCGUAGAAGAUGUGACUAUAGCUAAGAUUGAUUGUACACAGCAUGGUAGUGUCUGCUCUAGUAAUGCUAUUAGAGGAUACCCAACUUUAAUCUUCUUCUCCAAUGGUAAAGAGGUAGAGAAAUAUAGUGGAGGAAGAGAUCAUGAGAAUUUAAAAAACUUUGUGGAUAAAAUGUUGAAUAGGAAACCAGAGGAGAAGGAGCAGGAGUCAGAAGGGAAAAUACCAGAAGAGUUAACAGAUUCAACAUAUGAAGAAGUACAAUCCUCACCAUUAGCUUUCAUCAAAUUUUACGCACCCUGGUGUGGACAUUGUAGAAAGUUAGCACCAACUUGGAUUGAUCUUAGUAAAAAAUUCUCUGAAACAGAAGAAGUAGUUAUAGCUGAUUUAGAUUGUACACAAUAUGAGGAGAUUUGUAAAGAUAACAAGGUAAGAGGGUAUCCAACUUUACUUCUAUUCCGGCAUGGCAUAUUGGUAGAAGAAUACUCAAGGUCAAGGACAUUAGAAGAUAUGUAUGAUUUUGUACAUGAACAUAUUCAGGAAAGGGACGAAUUGUAA